ACACUCAGUGGUGUCUGCUGCGCUACGUUUCUCCGUACUCGGGCCGUUAUGUUUCGUACUUCGGAACAAGUUUGACGGGAAAUUCGUAAAGUUUUCCGAGUGCGUCCGGACUGCCUCAGCGAUGUGUGCGAUAACACCGAGCCAAACUGUGACAAUUUGAAUAAAGUGACAAUUGAAAAGUGUGUCUUUCGAGAUGUUAUCGAUGGGAUUAUUGGGUGUGUGGUGUGUGACAUGGUGUUGGAUGUGGUUGGGCGUGAGUGGCGCGUCGCUGACGAGCCGGGUGGCGGAGGCGCCGCAGGAGUGCGAGUGGCAGCGUGUAUCGGGCGGCGCCGGUGAACCCACGCGUGUGCAGCUCGCAUGCUCACUGCGAACCGCCGCCGGUGCCACCGACUUGCUCGCUGGCCUAAGCGCCUCCCAGGCUCAGCGCAUCACUGCGCUCGACCUUCACUGCACGGAUGUGCUCUUCUUUGAGAGCUCUCUCGACGUUGGACGGAGGAAAGAAGAAGGGACGGAGCUCUUGUCCAGAUUUCACAACUUGAAAGAACUGAGAAUAGAAUCGUGCAAAAUUCGUUACGUGCCCUCUGCAGUCCUAUCGCCGCUUAGUGGGUUGAGAACUUUAAGCAUACGGACCCACAAUACGGAUUGGUCGGCUAUGUCUAUGGAGUUUCAUAGAGAUAGUUUUCGAGGACUGACAGAUUUGAGAAGUUUAGAUCUUGGUGACAAUAAUAUCUGGAUUUUACCUUCAGAGAUAUUUUGCCCCCUGUACAAUUUAAAGGAGUUAAAUGCGACACAAAACAGACUACAAGACAUAUCGAAUAUGGGAUUUUCAGACUGGGGCAACGGCCCAACAGCGCCAGGAAAAUCUUGUAACACAGUUUUAGAAACGUUAGAUAUGUCGUAUAAUGAAAUAGGUUCACUUCCUGAUAACGGUCUAUCAAGCUUACGUGCGCUUCAAAAACUGUUCUUGCAAAACAAUAGAAUAUCAAAUGUUGCAGACCGAGCCUUUGUUGGUCUGAGUGACUUGCAAUUACUUAAUUUGUCAACGAAUGCUUUAACUGCAUUGCCUCCUGAAAUGUUCCAAUCAUCAAGAGAUAUAAAGCAAAUAUACUUGAACAAUAAUUCAUUGAGUGUACUCGCACCUGGACUUUUGGAAGGACUAGACCAAUUGCAAAUACUAGAUUUAUCCGUUAAUGAGCUCACAAGCGAGUGGGUGAACAGAGACACGUUCUCUGGAUUAGUUCGUCUCAUUGUUUUGAAUUUGUCCCACAAUAGAAUAACGAAGAUAGACGGUUUGCUAUUCCAAGACUUGAACAAUUUACAGUUUUUGAGCUUAGAGUACAACAAUAUCGCACGUAUAGCAGAUGGAGCAUUUUCCAACUUGAAAAAUUUACAUUCGCUCUCAUUGGCUCACAAUAACAUCAUAGAAGUAGAUAGUAAUCAUUUUUCAAAUCUCUAUGUUUUAAACCAGUUAUUCCUUGAUGGAAACAGAAUAACAAAAGUAGACUUACGCUCCUUUGAAAAUAUUACCAAGCUUCAUGAUUUGGGUCUUAGUGGUAACCAGUUAUCAGAGGUACCUGAAGCCAUAAAAACGUUGAGAUUUUUGACAUCCCUAGACUUGGGUAUGAACAGAAUUACAAAAGUAACAACAACGCAAUUUGAAGGCUUAGACGACUUAUAUGGCUUACGCCUUGUGGGAAACAAAAUAGAGAAAAUAUCAAAGGAUACAUUUGCGGCUUUACCAUCUCUGCAAAUAUUGAAUUUAGCAUCGAAUAACAUAGAUCAAAUAGACGACGGCGCUUUUGCAUCGAAUCAGCAAUUGAAAGCUAUUGGAUUGGACGGCAACAAAUUGGUAGAUUUAAAAGGAAUAUUUACCAACACACAACCUCUCGUGUGGCUAAAUGUGUCAAACAAUGAACUGCUUUGGUUUGAUUACAGUCAUAUACCAACGAAUUUGGAGUGGCUGGAUAUGCACGAAAAUAAGAUUGAAAAACUUGAAGAUACCUAUGGUGUGAAGGAGUCAUGUAACAUAAAAAUGCUCGAUGUUAGCUACAACAAAAUAAGAAAUAUUGAUGAGUUUUCUUUUCCAAGCAGUAUUGAGACCGUGGUUUUGAAUAAUAACCAUAUUGAAAAGAUAAACCCAGGAACGUUCUUACAAAAAUAUAACCUGAAUAAAGUUAUUCUUUAUUCAAAUAAUAUAAAAACACUCGAAGUCGGAGCUUUUGCAAUAUCGACAGUUCCAGACGAGAAAGAUUUACCGGAGUUCUACAUCAGUGAAAAUCCAUUUGCGUGCGACUGCACAAUGGAAUGGCUGCAGAGAAUUAACCAAUUAAGUGACCUGAGGCAGCGCCCGAGAGUAAUGGAUUUAGAAAGUGUAAGGUGCUCUUUAACCCAUUCACGAACAAAAUCGGAUGUGCUAUUACUUGAAGUAAAAUCUUCCGAAUUUUUGUGCGAGUACGAUUCACAUUGUUUCACCUUGUGUCAUUGUUGUGACUUUGACGCCUGCGAUUGUAAGAUGACUUGUCCAGAUAGAUGUUCGUGUUAUCAUGAUCUCACCUGGAACUCCAAUGUGGUCGAUUGUUCGGAUGCCGGCUACGAUCACGUACCCGAUCGAAUACCGAUGGACGCGACCGAAAUAUACUUAGAUGGUAACGAUCUAAAAGAAUUAGGAAAUCACGUUUUCAUCGGUAAAAAACGACUACAAGUUUUAUAUCUCAAUAACAGCAAUAUUAACACAAUACAAAAUAGAACAUUUAACGGUAUCGAGUCGUUGAGGAUACUACACUUGGAAAACAAUAAUAUCGAAGUACUGAGGAACACGCAGUUUACGAAAUUACAGAAUUUGAAUGAGCUUUAUUUAGGAGACAAUAAAAUAAAGGUAAUUGAAAAUGAUACUUUUAAUUACCUGCCAUCACUGGAAUUCUUAGACCUUAACAACAACGGUUACGUUGAUUAUAUGCCAUGGAGAGUCAUUACGGACAACAAUCCUCGCACGCGUGUUUCUGUAGAUGGGAACAACUGGAUUUGUGAUUGUAAAGACGUAGCUCAGCUGAACCAGUGGUUAAUAAAAAAAUCAAAAGAUACCGAGACCAUGAUGUGCUACUUCGCUCGCGGCCAGCCAAUGAACAAAACUAUCGCAACCGUGGCAAAGGAAUGUAAAACAGAUACCACUACAGAAGAAACCGGCACAGAAACUCUAAAGCGAUUAUUCAUCGAAGCGAAUGACGGUGUCGAAAAUUACAUCCCGUACAUCGCAGUGGUGCUGAUAAUAGCAAUUAUACUCUUACUUAUGUGUGCUCUACUGUUCAUGUUUAGAGAAGAUUUUAAAUUGUGGAUGCAUUCGAAAUAUGGUGUAAGAGUAUUUAGUUCCACGCCAAAGGACAUGAAUGACAAUAAAAACAAACGCUACGACGCUUUCUUUGUAUACAAUCCGCGGGAUGAAGACUUCGUGACUCGUGCAGUGAGUUCCGAGUUAGAAAAAUCGAGACAUUCGUUGUGUUUACAACAUCGCGACUUGCAGUUGAUCGAAAGACGCUCCAGUGAUAGUUUAGUGAGUGCUGUAGAAAGUUCUAAAAGACUUGUUAUAGUGUUAUCAAUUAACUUUUUGCAGCAAGAGUGGUACUCGGAAUCAAAGGAAGCGAUACAAAGUGCUAUAAACUCAGUGAACGUUAGACAUAGACGCCAAAAGAUUAUAUUCCUAGUGACAACGGACUUGGGUGCCAUAACUAUUGAUCCGGACUUAAAAGUGUUGCUAAAAACGUGUACAGUGAUAGUGUGGGGUGAGAGAAAUUGUUGGGAGAGGCUAAAUUUUCGGUUACCGGAUGUGGACGUGACAUUGCCCAAUCGGACGCUUUAUAAUGCGAAUAAUUUGAAAAGUGGGAACAGAGAUGGGUUUGGGAGGCAUGGCAAUUUGAGGUACACUGCGCCGCCGACAUCUCACGACCCUUGGUAUAAGUAUGGCAUGGCUCCGCCUAUACUUAAGAUGUCAAGUCCAAUGCACUCGACGAGUGCCAGCGCGGAGGUGUCGGCGCGCAGUACUGAGGACGAGACUUGCUCGGUGGCAAGCAGUGACGGUCGACCUGAUGACCGACUUCCUCACCACCAUAGUUAUGUUUCUAUUGACAAUCAUCAGUGUGAGGAAAGGCCUUUGAGGCCCUUACAACAAAUUCCUAUGUCAAAUACUAGACCUAAUAAUAUGAGAAAGACUUACUUUGUAUAAAAUGUAUAUCUAUAUGAUUUGUCCUUUUAAUCAGACUGUAAAUAUAUUACAUUAUAUUUAAUUAACAUUGGUUUUAUGUUUGUUUUAUGGAGAAAUAAUUGUCGGUUUUAUCGAGAAAUAAUUGUCUUAUCUGGUGCUGAAAGGAAUGUUGUAAAAAUGUAAAAGAACGCGGACGUACGAAAUAUAUCUUUGCACAAAUGUAGGUGUAAGACGAUAUAUAAAUAUAAAUUAAACUACAAAGCGCAUUAAUUACUUUUAUAAAUACGUAAUUUAUAUCCUUUAUCUUCUCUUGUCUUUCUAUGUAAAUGUAACUGUCUCCGAAAUUGCCGCCUUUAUAGGGGGAGUU